AUGACGGGAAAAGACCCUCUACCCAUCGACAGGGUCAACGCCUUCUGGCGCCUCGACCAGGCGAUGCGCUCGCUCCUCGAGCGCGUGCUUCCCGUCGCCGACCGGCCCGUCGGAUUCGAGCACAACCUCCCCACGCCGCUCAUGCAAGAGCCGCAGCUCGACGAAGCCUUGAACGAGAUCUUUGUCGACUACGGCUCACCGAACGCCGCUCUCGACCGCCUCUUGACAGCCUACACCUCCCUCACGAGCGGCUCGUCGAACGCGCGCCUCGCCGUCCGCGCCGGCCGGCUGACGGUGGGCGUCCGCGAACCCGUCGGGCGGCGCGAGACGAUCCGCGGCCUCGAAAACCUCACGUUCGACCUGGGUCCGGGCGCGCUCGACGCGCUCGACCGCGACGUCGUCGGCCCGUCGCGCUUCCUCGCGUGGAACGCUACGGGGCAUAUCCCCGUGGCACUCUGGCUCGGCCCGACGCGAUACCUCCGCGUCGGGUGUCGAGCGUGCGCGAACUGCGUUGCUGCUGCCGGCGCGCGCCGCGGCCUCCCGCACGGUGUGUCUGCCGACGCUGUCAAGGCGUCGCGAAGGAUACGCGCGAACGAAGAGCUGGUCGUAGAGCACUGGGACGGGCGGCCGGAAUGCGAGUGCCCGUCCGUGCCGAGCAGAGAGGAGGAUGAGGAUUUUUACGAGGCGUUUGAUGCGCCGCGGUCGCCUGUGUAUAGCGACUCUUCGGAAUCAGACAGAGACGACGCGAGCCGUAGGCCGCGAACCCCGCGCCAUCCCUCCCCACUUAUCCAGGCGAGCUCCUCGGAAGCGGACAAAGAGACCGGAGAACGGAACAUCACUGUGUUUACGAGUCCCCUUUCGGCGUGUCCUAGCGAGUCGGACAUUCCUGUGCUCCCUAACGAGCAUCCGCCAACCGACAACGACGUUCUCAGUUUCGAGCUAGAUCCAUUCUGGGAACGCGAGCUGAACGGACCACGACUGGACCAGCAGAAAGAAGUCGAGCCCGGCGCUCGAGGCGAAGAACAAGACAGACAACGCUGCGCAGAACGACGGGAAGAACAAGGCGAACACCGAGACACAAAUGCGAUGGACAACUUCGCGCCGGUGCCCGAACUUUCGCAGCCAUCACCAGCCCCCUCGUCCUCAUCCGACUUCAUCGAGUGGCUCCCGACAUUCCCGGACGCACCGCCUUCGGUCCCCUUACUCCGGUCCAACGUCGAUCCCCGCUCCAUCUGCCCAUGGCACCUCCCGACCUCACGCCACAUCCCGCCCGUAUCCCCACGCGGCCGGGGCCUGCGCAAGCUGCGCCGCAUCGCGCUGGCGCAAGCGAAAGCGGCGGCGGGCGUUCAUGGACGCGCUGGCAACCCAGAGAUCGGAGAGCAGGAGCACGGAGGAGUGCGGGCCUUACUGGUGGACAAGGUUGGAGCCGCUGCGGACGGCGCGGGAGAGGAAGCGGCAGCGGGUGGAGAGUCGGGUGCGGUGGCGCGCGUAUAAGGCGCAGAGGGAUGAUCUGGGCGGCGCGGCGCGGUGCAGCGCCACGAGGUGCGCGAGCGUUCAUCCCCGUCUGCAUGUAGAUCGAGUUUGACUGCUGGCGCCGGCGAACACCGCUAGGACUAGGGGUAUGGUGGCAUAACACAGGCCGUCCCUUUCCCGCGCUCACUCAGAGGGCAGUCGAUGGACAUCUGCCCACUGGCUUAGUACUUGAAGUCUAGGCAGCAAGCCAAUUUCGCUGCUCAUGCCAAUGUCAC